AAAGUCGAUUAUUUAGAUACAUUGUUACCGAAUGACAAUCGACCCAUCACUACAUUAACGAUAUUUAGGAGCCUAUGAAGGGAUCAUAUGUUACUGAAGUGAAGUAUUCCGCCUUGUUUGUUUUGUUUAUUUUUUCAAUAUGUUGUUUUUUUAUGUUAUGAGUGUUUCGUGUAUAACCUGGAUACUGUUUUGUGACAGUUUGGCUGCGGCUUUAAUUAUUAGUCUUUUAGAUUGUGAUUUAUAAAACUUAAGGUUUACUCUGGAUUAAGUCACAGACAGUGUUUAAUUUUAUUUUUAUAUGACUAUUUUUACUUUUAAGGAACAAUUUUUAUAUUCUUAGGUAAAUUCUAUGCCGGUAACGAAUGUUAGGCUACAUUGAUACAUUUAGCAGAAAUGAGAAAAGUAUGUUUGUAAAAAGUAUUACUAAGGGGAUAUAUAAUAAUUUAUUAUCUGGCAAUUUAUGAAAUCUGUAUGUAAAUAUCAUGGCUGAGAAUAUUGGCUUAGUCAUACAAGUACAGUCUGGAACUUCAUUAAUUGCAAACAAUGCAACUAAUGACAUUUCUGUUGAUGAAAUAAAAGAAGAGAUCAAGUUUAUAUUCAAGGAUUGCAAAUUUCAGCACAGUAAAGCCAGCAAUAAAAAGAAAGCUUAUAGAUCUCUAAAGCAAAUUAUCUCUCAAGAAAAAAGUUUACCUUGGCCAUCUAAUGCAGUUACCUACAGCUCAAUAUCUGCACCUCCGUCUUUCCUACCAGCAAAAAAAUAUUCUGAUAUUUCUGGUUUAACAGCAAAAUAUACAGAUCCCCAGACCAAGUUGUAUUACGCAAUGGCUGAAGAGUUUGCCACAGUACGGAACCUGCCCAGUGAUAUUAUAGCAGGCUACUUAUCCCUACGAGGAGCAAAUAAUCCAAUCGGAUAAUAGAGCUUAACUAUUUUUGUAUGUUUUAUAAAUAAAGAACUUUUUUAAA